GAUACUCGUGCGCGCCCAAGACGUUACAGAGAUUCACCAGACAGCAGCCGUUGGUUCAAACGCAAGUUCGCCGCGGCCGGCAAAUUUCUGCUCCAACGAAGCUAUCUCGAAACAUAGUUGCUGUCUGUUAGUGUCUCUCCGGCCCUAUAACAUGGCCAGCCUUCAGGAGCAGCUCAACUGUGGGCACGUCUGCAACCACACUUGCUGCGUUCAGCACGAGUUUGGAAACAUGUACAGAUGCGCGACGUCUGGCCUUGUGCACAUAUGUGACUCAACGUGCAACCAGCGGCUGUACCACGAUAAAUACUCGACUAUCUGCCGCAUCAGCCGCAAGCUCCACCCGCCGUUCACAACGGAGGCAACCAUGGACACGGAGAUGCCGCGGAAACGGAGCGGCGGCGACGAGGUGCUCCCUAGUGCGGACUCGUGGAAGCGGCGGACGCAAUCGCCUGUGCACUGCUGAGGUAGCAGCAAUCCACGCUAGCGGCCUCGGGUGGCAGACACGGCGCCUGUGCAAACCCGCUCGUGCAGUUGACACUGGGCCGUGGCAGUGGCGACGUCGCCGGCCUGCUAUGCACGGGCAGGUCAGCUGCGUCAUCGUGCCAUGGGGUUUCGAAUGCCACCAUGAUGCGGCUGCUGCUGCAACGGGGCGUCGGUGGGAGGCGAAGGGGCUUUGGGGCUGCAUUCAUGCGGGUGCACUUAUCGCCCGAUUUUGGCUUGGCGAGGGGGUUUCGGAUGCAGAGCUUGGUGCUGCGAUUUGAUUCUCUGGGGACCGGGCCCUCAUUAUUGCCGGCCGCGGAGGUGAGCCACCUACCGGCGUGACAGCUUGAUGCCUUGUGAGGGCACGGGCUUGGGUGUGGAUGGGUGUUUGGAUUCGGGUUUGACGAAGCGACUUGGGACGACGAGUGGUUCUUAACACGCAGCCAGGCCCUGCAGUAGGGCCUCUCUGCAGGGCGCAGCGCACAGCAGCGCUAAUUCAGUAAUCAAGGGGUGGUUGAACAACACGGUGCGGCGCAGCGCGGAUGUCGCACUUUUUGGCGAAUGGCGAAAUGUGAGCGCCCCCUUCGGACGGUAAUGCAGCACCAUUUCGGUGCCAGGCCGCCACCUGGCGCCGAUCUACGGACCUCCUUUCAUCUUGUACCUGUUUAUGUGUGCGCGUGUGCGUUUGUGGCACUGCAUCCCAUCGUGUGGUAGAACGUGGACCCGUGUGUGUGUGUGCGUUGUAUGUGGUUGCCUCCUGCCCAUCACCGGUUUUGGUGGCUCUUCUUUGGUGAGACACACGGGCAGGAGUGGCAACCAACCAUUAAAGUGCUGAAGCAUUGGACGGAGCGACUGCGGGAAAUCGGCUGCGGGUUUUGAUGACAGUAGCAUUUGUGUUAGCCAGAGUGUGCGGCAAGCAGCCUGGCCAAAGGACACCCGCGGGACGUCGGCGGCCACGGCUGCCCUGCCCUUGUCCUCACGACCGAAUUGCGUGUGUUGCACAACGAGGACAGAAUGCACGAGUGUGAUCUUGAUUCUGGCAUUGGAAACGGGGCGCAUAAGGCAAACGGACACCGGAGACGUGCCGAAUACAUGAGCGGUGCAGGACGGAGUGUGUAUGUGUGUUUUUGCAUGUGGUGGGAUGCAAGGACUGGGCACGCACGUGCCCGUGCAACCAAUGGGCGUUUGGUUCAGGACGCAAGCUGUCUGUGUCUGCAGUGUGUGUGAUCGGGCGCGAUUUCGUUGAUGCGCGGGAUGAUGUAUUGAGUGCCCCUGCACGUGUUGCUCCCGCAUGCACCUGGGGCGUCAGGCCGCCGGCGCGGCGCAGCCAAGCUGCAAUCCCAGCGGUUCCCGACGGUCCCGGUGUGUGUGGAUGCCUGUGCCGGAGGCGCCAUCGGUAGAGUGAUCCAGCGUGUUUGUACUGAGUAUGCAUGCGCACUGUGUGUGUAUGUGUGUUUCAGUAGUGUGGUGAGGGCCAACGCAUGAGGGACACGACACAGGCUGCAGUGGCCGUGAAAGCGCCGUGAAGCGCAAGGGCUGUGGCUGGGGUCGGGGCAGGCGCAGGGGCGCUAGGCAGAGGCAUGCGCGCGGCGGCCGGCACUGGCGUCGGCGGGCCAAGGUGCUGGGAUGGCGAGUGCUGGGGCCUGCCGCCGCAACGCCAGCUGAGGCCUGGGCCGCAGGGGCGUUUUGGUGUCUCUGUACAUGUGUAACACACUGAGAGC